ACCUAAUGAAAUUAAAUUAGUACUUUUACUUUGGUACUAAAAAACAUUACUUAGGUACUAGAAAACAUCACUUAGGUACUAGAAAAUACAAAUUUGAUAUGAAGCCUGUUAUAAAUUCAAUCGCUGAUGAGAGACUUAAAGAAGAAUAUAAAGCUUGGAAAGUUAAUCAUCCUCUGGAUUUUAAAGCUGAGCCAUUGAAAAAUGGUGAUAUUGAAAAUUGGAAAAUAUGGAAUUGUUCUGUACCAGGUGUAGAAAAGACAUCUUGGGAAGGUGGUAAUUACAAGCUAAGACUAGUGUUUACAGACCAGUAUCCACAUGAACCACCCAAAUGUAUUUUUGAUCCUCCUAUAUUUCACCCCAAUGUUUUCCCAUCCGGUAAAGUUUCUUUAUCAUUGCUUGAGAAAGAUUGGGUACCUCAAAUAACUAUUAAACAAGUUCUACUAGGUAUUCAGUUAUUGUUAAAUGAUCCUAACUUUAACGACCCUGCACAAGUUGAAGCUUUUGUUGUUCACAGCAAAGGAAAACACUUAUAUGAACAAAGGGUGAAAGAACAAGCAAAGUUAAUGAAUAUAUGAACUAUUGCAUCAUAAAGACACAAAGGAUGGAUUAUGUUCGCCCAAUUUCUGCCUAGGCGUUUCAAGUUUUUUUUUUUUACUGUAUCGUUUUCUCGUCGUUGUUUUUCAAUCUUAUAUGCAACUAUUUCAAGAAUUUUUUAUGCAGAUAAUAAAAGUCCAGUACAAUCAAAGACUUUUAAGCCUACGGUAUUUAUUGAUGGUUAAAUAAAAAUACUAUAAAAAAAGUAUGAAGAUAAGUAGAUGACAAAUGAUACGUUGAUUAAAGAUAUUUUGAAUUUUACAUUGAAGUUACGAAA